AUGGCGCCACCCUUCCCGAACGAGAUAUGGUUGGAUAUCUUCCAUAGUUUGGCCAAGGAAGGCGAGUACGACGCGUUGGAACGAUGUCGAGUCGUGUGCAGAGAGUUCCAACUGAUGACUCACGAGUGUUUAUCGUGGGACAUGGGGUUCAAAAGCACAGAAGAGGUGGAGUGCAUCAAGGUGGACAUUUCAGGCAAUAAGAUGCGGCGUUGGCGUGGGCCCCAACGUGUGAGGAUCUAUGGCGGGGAAACGGAAGACGAGUGCACGCCCAUUCCACAUCUGGCGCCCUUCGCGUCGAGGCUUGGCGGAAAAUGGCCUGCUGUUGACAUGCUGAACAUCUCCAACGCGGUGUGGCGGGCGCGUGAUCUCGACGCGGACGUCGUGUUUCGCGAUCUCGCUCGCUUCUCCUCGAUCACUCUACUUUCCCUUUAUAGCGUCAACUUCCCUACAGUUUUGACGCUUGGCCGGUUGGUGUGUGCCCUUCCCUGCCUCAAAGUACUCACACUCUACGAUGUACGGUUCAGUCACCAACCUUUCGACGCGUCUGCUAUUUCUCAAUUCCGCCUUUUGCCGCGCACAAAGCUCGAGACAUUUUCUUUGUACAGGCUGCACAACGUUUCCGUGCUGACUCCCUCCUUCGUCGAGCUGAUCGACGUCAUAGCUGCAGUCAGUAACCGCAAAUGCCCAGUUCCUUCUCGCGGUCCUACGCAGCCGUGUCCAGUAUGGAGUACCGUCCGAGUGCUGCACCUCUCUGGUGUCACCUUUCCCUCAGUCACAACCUUUGCUCGCCUUCUGUGCGCGCUUCCUGCUCUCGAAACACUCCAAGUUAUGUCGACAUGCACGUUUGUGAAACAUGGCUUUGACCUCCGAGGCAUUCCUGCGCACUCAGGUGUACCCUCAGGCUUGGUGGCUGUCGAGCUGGCAUUCGACUUCGAUACUCACUCUGACCCUCGCUCCGUGGCUGAUCUCGUCGACCUCUUCGUUGCUACUGGCAUUAGUGAUCGACUUCGGCACAUUCAUAUUCGUCCGUCCCCAGGGCCGUUACUCCGGGUAACGACAGAGUCGGACGUCUCCCUUAAUAGGCUCGUCAGACAUUGUGGGCAUUCGUUACAUCACCUCGACCUCGACACAUACCAAUUCUGGCAAACGGGGAUUGGCAAAGAUGUAUCGUUACAUACAGGCCCAAGUGCAGCCCCAUACUUCGAUCUCUCGGAAAAUACGUGCCUCAAACGUCUGGACCUCAGAGUCAACGUCACUCGCGACAAUGCAUCGUGCCUCUGUACUUCUGUGAUUGAGGUCCUAUCCGAAAUAACGUCCACGGACAUAUCCAGAAUGACAGUGCUAUUUCGCGUAGAUGACUCGCUGGGUGAAGAUUUGCGACCGCUGAUGGAUGGGCUCCCACAGCUCGAUGCCUUCCUCUCCUUGGAAUCAGUCUUCGACACUCUGGCUCAUGUCAAUAUAGAGGUGUACACGCCUGGCCAGCUGAAUGACCGAGAUGAAGAACGGGCAGAUGCCCUAAGAGCAUGCUUACCGAGGCUUGAUGAGCGCGGUAUUCUGGGUACACAGCUAAACCGCACCAUGAUCGGAUCGCAUUGGGAUUCCGACACCAUGUCUUGGAAACAUUAUGGGGUCGAAAGGAGCGCUGCACAUGACGACGUGACAGCUGGUGAAGAGACUAGGGCUGGCGGAGAGAGCCGUACGGAUUAUGCCGAUACCUGUGCGACCUCUAAUGACGACUCCGAUGCUGCGAGGUUGCAAGUCGUCUUUGCGACAUCAGGAACGUGUGCCGAUACCCAGGCACGCCCCUCGCCAUAUUCAACGGGCACGAGAGUAGCUGCCGGUCCGGCGUGUGGUGAUAGGAUUGCACCAUAG